AUGGCGGCCCAUGUGAUGGCAGGAAUUGGGGGUAAAGGAGGAACCGUGGUUGGAGUCCUCUGGUUUGAGAAUGUCUUGACUUAUGUCUUGGUCGCAGCGCGAGUAUACACUCGUCGAUACAUCAGAGGUUCGGUUGGCUGGGACGACCUUUGUCUGGUUAUCACUUCGCUUCUCAUGACUGUCUUUGCCAUCUUGACUACAAUCGCUUGUGCUCAUGGAAUGGGUCAGCAUGUUGAUGACCUUGAGACUUAUCAGUUCUCAGAUGCUUUGCUGUACCUCCUAUGCGCCCAGUCUGUUGUCUCGAUGGCGAUUGGCAUGGGCAAGGUGACUGUCGCCGUCUUCUUGCUGCGCAUUGUUACUGCAUCUUGGCACCGUUGGUUCCUUUGGUUCUGUAUCGCGUCCAUGAUGAUACUCAGCAUCUUCCUUUCCAUCGCCGUUUUCGCGCAAUGCACUCCGGUGGAAUCCAUCUGGAACCCUUUGUUGAUAGACCAGAAGGUGUGCUAUCUCAGCCUCACCGUGGUGGCCUUCAUCGACUGUGCAUACGCCGCGGCAAUGGACUUUGCACUGGCUGCCUUCCCCUGGGUCGCCCUUCGCGGUCUGAAGAUGAAGCGCAAGGAGCGCAUUUCCAUCUGUGUUUCGCUCAGUCUUGGAGUCUUCGCUGGUGUUUGCGGUGUCAUUAGGACGUCGGGACUGGAGGUUUUGAGUAACUCUCGCGAUUAUCUCUAUGCCACCUCGGACUCGGUUAUCUGGACCGCCAGCGAAGUUACCACAACCAUCGUCUGCGUCACCCUCCCCGCUCUUCGUCCCCUAUACAACAAGGUCCGCGGCCAAGAGUCGAGCUCGGCUGGCUACCAGCAACACGACGACUCAGCCUACAACACCGGUGGCUCAUUCCACAUGAGCUCGUAUGCGAACAAACGCAAGGACAAUGGCCUCGGAUAUCCCAAGGGCAGCAGCAACUUUGCCAGCGCCGAGGCAUCUCGAGAUCCGACUACGAUCAAGAACGAUAGCGACGAAACCAUUUUGCUGCAAGGUGAAGGAAAGAAUAUUAUGAGGGUCCAAGAAGUCAGCGUGUCGUACGACAAUGGAAAUUCGCUGAACAAUGUGUCGAUAAAGCAAGAUGUUUGA